CACAGUAGACUGCAGUCCUCGCCUUCGCAGUGAAGCUCCGAGUCUGGCCCUGCUGCCUGGAAGGAGGAUGAGCAGAAGGACGCCGCCCAGGGAGCGGCUCGCCUGAGACCGCAGCAUGCAGGCCUGCCCUCCGGGGCCCAGCAGCUGGACCAGGUGAAAGCGGAGUAUGCCCGGCUUAGCCACACGCUCGCCAUCGUGACCCGAGAACGCGAUUUGGCCGUGAAGGAGAAGUGCCAGCUCCGAGCCAAGCUGGAGAACCUAGAACAGGUCCUAAAGCACAUGCGAGAGGCCGCUGAGAGGCGGCAGCAGCUGGAGCUGGAGCAUGAGCAGGCCCUGGCUGUCCUCAACGCCAAGCAGCAGGAGAUCGACCUUCUGCAGAAGGCUCAGGUUGAAGCUAAGAAGCAGCAUGAAGGUGCUGUGCAGCUGUUAGAGUGCAAGGUGCGGGAGCUGGAGGACACGUGCCGGGCGCAGAGUGAGCAGUUCAGCCUGCUGUCGCGGGACCUGCAGAGGCUCCGGCAGCACGCCGGCAGGACCGACCUGCUGGGCGGCUCCCUGGCCUCCCUGGACGUCCCCUCGUCCCCCGGCAAGCCCUUCCCGCAGUUCAUGAACGGCCUGGCCCCCUCCAUCAGGUCAGGUCAGGAGAGCGCCUUUGGAAGCCACCCGGUGAUCGGGGACUACAUCCGGCCCCUGCCGCUCCCCGGGGACAAGCCGGAGCCGCUGUCUGUCAGGCCCACCUUUCUGUCAAGAUCGGGAAGCCCAAGAUGCAGAUUUGAGUCCGAGAUGGACAAUGAGCGGAACGCCAACCCCUCCAGGCAGAGAUACUUGGGGAAGGUGCACCUGUGUGUCGCCCGCUACAGUUACAACCCCUUCGACGGCCCAAAUGAGAACCCAGAGGCUGAGCUGCCGCUCACGGCGGGGAAAUACCUCUACGUCUACGGAGACAUGGACGAGGACGGCUUCUAUGAAGGUGAGCUCCCGGACGGGCAGCGGGGUCUGGUGCCCUCCAACUUCGUGGACUUUGUCCAGGACAGCGAGUCCCGAUUAAGUGCCCUGGGGACCGAGCUGGGUCAGAACUUCAUCAACCACAGCGGCCUGGGCCUGGACGGGGAGAACAUCCUGGACCUGCACUCGCCCACCCAGCUGGACUCGGGCGUCACCGACAACGGCGUGGGGAUGCUGGACGUGAGCGUCGAUGACGUCGGAGAAGACAUCGUGCCUUACCCUAGGAAAAUCACCCUCAUCAAACAACUCGCCAGAAGUGUCAUUGUGGGCUGGGAGCCCCCGGCCGUGCCGCCGGGCUGGGGCGCCGUGGGCGGCUACACCGUGCUGGUGGACCAGGAGCCGCGCCUGAGCCUGCCGCUCGCGGGCAGAACUAAGGCCCUGAUCGAGAAGCUGAACGUGGCGGCCUGCACCCACCGCGUGUCCGUGCAGUGCGUGACGAGCCGGGGCAGCUCGGACCAGCUGCGCUGCACGCUGCUCGUGGGCAAGGACGUGGUGGUGGCCCCCUCCCAGCUGAGGGUGGACAGCGUCACCCAGGUCUCCGCCCGGCUCUCCUGGCUGCCCACCAACAGCAACUACAGCCACGUCAUCUUCCUCAACGAGGAGGAGCUGGACGUGGUCCAGGCGGCCAGGUACCAGUACCAGUUCCUCAGCCUCAGGCCCGACACGGCCUACAAGGUCAAGGUCCUGGCCAGGCCCCACCAGAUGCCGUGGCAGCUCCCCCUGGAGCAGAGGGAGAAGAAGGAGGCCUUCGUGGAGUUCUCCACGCUGCCCGCAGGUCCUCCGGCUCCGCCCCAGGAUGUCAUGGUCCAAGCAGGGGCCACCCCAGCAACUGUCCACGUCUCCUGGAAGCCGCCGGCCCUGACCGCUACCGGGCUGUCCAAUGGGGCCCACGUCACGGGCUACGGCGUGUAUGCAAACGGGCAGAGGGUGGCCGAGGUCAUCGCGCCCAUGGCGGACAGCACGGCCGUGGAGCUGGUGCGGCUGCGAAGCCUGGAAGCCAAGGCUGUGACCGUGCGGACCCUCUCUGCCCAGGGGGAGUCUGUGGACUCCGCCCUUGCUGCCGUCCCCCCCGACCUCCUGGUGCCUCCAGCCCCCCCCAGAAUUGCUCCCACACCGAAGCCAUUAGCAAGUGCCGGAGUCCCCGAUACCAAAGAUGACCGCCCGGGCCCCUACGUCACGGUGGACGAGGCCUGGGAGCAGGGCCGGGCGCCUCCUCACGGGCACAGGCUGCAGCCCCCCGGCCUGCAGGGGAGGCGGUCGCCGUCGCCCAGCCGGAUCCUCCCGCAGCCACAGGGGGCCCCAGUGUCCACCUCCGUUGCCAAGGCCAUGGCCCGGGAAGCUGCACAGAGAGUGGCGGAGAGCAGCAGGUUAGAGAAAAGGAGCGUCUUCCCGGAGAGGGGCGGCCAGUACGCCAACUCCGACGAGGAGGAGGGCGACGAGUCCCCAGACGUCAGGCGGAGAGGCACCUCGGUGGAGGACUUUCUGAAAGGCUCUGAGCUCGGCAAGCCCCCCCACUGCUGCCAUGGAGACGAGUACCACACAGAGAGCAGCCGAGGCUCCGACCUCUCGGACAUCAUGGAGGAGGACGAGGAGGAGCUGCACUCGGAGAUGCAGCUGGAGGGCGGCGGCCGGCGGCGGCCCAGCGGCACGUCCCACAGUGCCCUCAAGAUUCUAGGCAACCCCGCGGCUGCAGGACGGGCCGACCGGCCGGACUCCGUGGGCCGGAGGUUUCCCCAUGGCAGCGCCGGCCCCCCGAGGUCCCGGCCAGGGACGGGCCCCUCCAUCGAUGAAUACGGCGACCGAGACCGGCUUUCCCCGGACUUCUAUGAGGAGUCCGAGACCGACCCCGGGGCCGAGGAGCCCGUGGCCCGCAUCUUCGUGGCCCUGUUUGACUACGACCCCCUGAGCAUGUCCCCGAACCCUGACGCUGCGGAGGAGGAGCUGCCCUUCAAGGAGGGGCAGAUCAUCAAGGUCUAUGGCGACAAGGAUGCGGAUGGCUUCUACCGCGGUGAGACCUGCGCGCGCGUGGGCCUCAUUCCCUGCAACAUGGUCUCCGAGAUCCACACGGACGACGAGGAGAUGAUGGAGCAGCUCUUCAGACAAGGCUUCCUCCCGCUCAACACGCCCGUGGAGAAGUUGGAGAGGACCAGAAGAGGCGGCAGGCAGCACCCCGUGUCCACGCGCAGGAUGGUGGCCCUGUAUGACUACGACCCGCGGGAAAGCUCGCCCAACAUCGACGUGGAGGCUGAGCUCACCUUCUGCACAGGUGACAUCAUCUCCGUGUUCGGUGAAAUCGAUGAAGACGGGUUUUACUACGGGGAGCUCAAUGGGCAGAAAGGCCUGGUGCCCUCGAACUUCCUGGAAGAAGUGCCUGACGACGUGGAAGUCUAUCUCUCAGACGCCCCGUCCCCCCACGCGCAGGACACGCCGGCGCGCUCCAAGGCAAAGCGGAAGAAGAGUGUUCAUUUCACACCUUAAUCAGGCCAUGUAGCCUUCACGUAAGUCAGCAACUGAAGAUACCUAUAGAACACCGACCUAAGCUACCUUAACGGACUAGCGCGGUAGACUUAAGGUUCGCUGUGGGGUUGCAAAGAGAAACAUGUCUCAGAAAAUCAUUGGACCUACAGUGUCAGGUGUCUGUUGCCGGGCGUCAGUUGCAGGGCAGCUGGAUGUGUGUGGUGAGACGAACCGUCCCUCACGGGCACUUCCUUCCGUCCACACGGAGAGCAUUGGAAAGGCUCCCACAUUGGGAGCGUAUUGCUUACGAGGCCAGUGGCGUGUUUACGUAGCGUUCCAAUGUCUACUCGUAACCGAGGCUGCGUAUUGCAUUGUGAGCCAGGCUUGCAAAAAGCACAGCCUCGCACGAAUGUUUGCCACGGGACUGCGGCUUCCGUAAAACACCCAGCGAGAUCAGGCUCCCCGCCGGGCCGUGAGCGGGGCAGCCGCCCGCCGCGCUGGCCUGAGGGCCGCACCCGUCUCUGGGGUCCCCAGGCCUCUGUGCAGCGAGGGCCAAGCGUCUCCCCAAAGCACAGAGACCAUGGGGAGAGGCUGGGCUGGUGGCCACCAAUGCAAUACCAAGUUCGGUCUAGGAGACACGCAGCUCCAAUGAUUGCCUCACAUGGAGGACACGGUAUCUUCAGGUGACCUUGGGAUGCUUGACGAGGUGUUUUCCAUUAGAGUUAGACCUUGAUUUUAAAUCCAAGCAAGCUUGAAGCCCCUUGGCUGGUGCCCUUUUCCUGCUGAAUACGGAACCCUGGGUGGUGGGGGGAGGCUUGCUCUGGCGAGGUCAGGCAGCGAGGGGCGGUGGUCCCGCAUGUCAGGUGUGAGGCCAGUUGGGGCCUGGCGAGGCCACCAGGCGCCCCGUGGUGAGCUCAGUCGCUCCCCGUUUAAGGUCAAGGUCAUGGAGACACUGAAACUCACCAUGUAGCUCACAACCGACAAAUUCUAUCUCUGGUUACAUGUGAAUAACGACCACAUACAGUGAGGGCCUUGAAGCUUUCUUUGAUUGUAAUUAAGGUUCAUUUUAGUUUUUUUUUUUCUUUCAACGGGUGUGCCAUCUCCAAUAUUUCUAACCCAGGAACGCACGUGCUCCCUCCCCUGCACUCCCCAGGGUUUAUAGACCCAAGUAGCUUUCAAAGGCAACAGAAUUCCCCUUAAGAAAGUUCACUUUUGAGAUGACCAGUGGGUACUUGGCCAACCUGACUACCAACUUCACUUAAAACAGCCCCCAGCCCUUGGUCUUAAUGUACAAGGGAAGCGAGUCCCUAGCUCUGUCUUGCCAAAGCGCUGGCCACUCUGCCUGCCCUGAGGACACAGACUGAGCCGGCCAGGCCUUGGGCCAGUGACGCUGGGGUGCCCCCUCCCCCGGGGCAGUACCACUGGAAAGAGGAGAGAGCACCCUUCCCCCCCCUGCGCGCGGGCCGGGCGUGGAAGCGGCCGAGGGGCUUGGCGGUGCUGGCGCUGACACUCCACCUGUCACACUGUACCUACCAGGUUCCUCCUGAGGGGUCAGGUACAGCAAGGAGAGCGCCAUCCCCCACAGCCCAUCUCCAUUCGGGGUCACCUGCGUCAUCUGUGGGUACUG